UGUGCUCUUUUUUUCAAAACAGUCACAUAAGGUUUGUGCCUAAGCUCACUGAAUUCAGUGGAAAUCUUUCCAUUAAUAAGUACUGGCUCAGCCUCUUACUGCAGUCCAAUUUCAGUGUAGGCAUAAAAUAACAGCAGAUGUUCAAUCCGAAAAGCCACUUUGCAGUGCUAGUACUCUAGCUAGCACUGCAUCUAUUUCUGUUGGGGUUUGUCUUAAGAAACUGCUGGUUUUGCCUAAAGGAAUGCAUUUUUUCUCCCACUGAUCACCUACACAAAUUUUUUGCACUCUUGCACUUAAGCAAUCAAACUAGCAUAUACACCACUAACUGUUGUGCGAACCCUCUGGCAAAGUGCUUGAGAACAUAAUCCAAAGCUUCUGAACCAUAGCAAAACAAUUCCGGUGUACAGUGUCACUGAAAAUGGAAAUGGUUCCACAAUGGCAGACCAGUCUCACGCUGGCAGCUGUGUUUUGCUAAGCAGAAGAGCACUACCAGCUAAAUGACAGCCUUGUCCCUAGCCUGCUGCUUUUCCUCCCAGCUGUCUUCCCUGACUCUGUGCAGGGCCCAUCUGGCCUGCUCAGAUCCCACUGCAUUCUAGUACAUAAUAGGGAGUAAAAGGGAAAGAUGUUUUUCUUGGAAAAUGAACCACUUAGAAUAUUUUUAGAGUACUAGAAGCUGCUAUUCAUCCAUUGGACUGGUUUAACUCAACUGAGAAAUUAUCUAGUAUAAGCGGUAAUAAAAGUAGCUGCAAACCUACGUAACAGAUUCUAAUCUACAACUGAAGUUUUUCUUUAAGCCCUAAAACCCUUAUAUUUGUCGCUAGACCCACUUACGUGUACAGCAACAUUUAAAGAACAUUUACUCAAUGAAAGCAGAACAAAACAAACUUCACACAUAUCUGAAUGAAUUUACUCUACAACUGACUUGAAAAAUCCCUGAGGGAAAAAAAAAAAGAGAGAGAUAAGAAAACCCUUAAGUACAUUUAUUUUAACUCAGGAAGAUGUCCUAUCUAUUAACAUAAUGACUGGCAAUAAGAUUAAGGGUCAUACACCACAUUCAGCAACUUUUAAUUCAAAUUUCAAUAUUUUAGAUGAUUUCCAGUUCAAUAUUGAUUCCUUAAAACAUCAACAAAAUCAAAUAGAGGGAGAGAAGCAAACAUCCUGAAAAAAAGGCCUUUGCAAGUAGUGGGCUUACAUCUUUUAUGUAGUGCUAAUAGCAGAAGAGUAAGCACAAGCAAAAAGGAAGCAAGGAGCUUAUUGCCAUUUUACCAAUUUAGUGAUUUUUAAGUAAGCAAGCAUUUAAUUAACUCAUCACCGAUAGUAAACGGACAGUAAAAAUGCAUUCAGAAAUGCAUACAAGUGCCCACCAAUUUUACAGCAAAUGCCACUUGGACACGCAAUGGUGAGACUGUGCAUCAUGCCCACGUUGCUGCCACACCGCCCACACCGCCUCACAGCCCACACAGCGGCCGGCAGCAGCUUCACGUUGCUGCCGGAGAGGAGCUGCCGCGGCGCUCACACACAGCACCCACGCACCGCAUCCACACAGCCUGUCCCCAGCAUGGGGUGGGUGCAAGCACAGCUUGCUUUCUGCACCCGUGUUUUUCUUGCUCAAGGCAGCAAGCCAGCCCAACCGGCUUUGUUGCCCUGAUGGCAGCACGGUGGUGACACCAGCACCAUUUUCCACACGGGGGGCUGAGAGGCCACUCCAGGGGCCGGACGGAGAGCCGGCUGAUGGCAAUGCGGCUGCCGAGGGCCCGCUGGGGCUCUGGGUGCCGGUGCGGAGCUCAGGGCGGCCUGCAGCCCGCGGUGCUCGGGGCGGUGCACGGAGCUGCUGAGAAGCAGGCGCCUGGUUGCCUAGGGAACCAGAUCUUGGCUAGAAAUAGUGAAUCAUUUCCAGGUCACUCUCAACAUGGAGAGUGGAGCGGGGAAGCACUGGACUGAGGAGGAGGUUAAAGCUUUGCUAAGCAUCUGGUCGGAGAAGAGCAUCAGGAAGCAGCUCCACGGCACCCUGAGGAAUAAAGGAAUAUUCAUCUACAUUGCCAAAAGGCUGCAGGAGUUAGGAGUUUGUAGAGAUUGGAAACAGUGCCGGGCAAAGUACAAAAACCUGAAGUAUGAAUACAGAACGGUUAAAUACGCCCGCAACUCCGGGGAUGCCACUAAAACCAUGAAGUUUUUUCAUGACCUGGAUGCCAUACUGCGAUGUGAACCUGUCGCACACUUGGCUGCCGAGGGGAACGCCAGGUGCUCCACCACCGACGCACGGCUCAACGCCAGUCCCACCGCAGACAGCAGCCAAGGUGAAUUAUCAGUUUCUUUAGAAGACGAUGAGGAUGCACCAGGAGAUCCACUACUUUUUAUGUCACAUGUCAGACCAGUUCAACUAGGUAUAGUAUGAUGGAGCAGUGACCCAAAAUUAAAUGCAUAGCUUUCCAAGCUUUCAGAGCAUUUUCAAUAGCUUGAAUAUGCCAUCAUUGUCUGAUCAACAAAGCUUUAAAAUAAUCACUGCAUGUGAUAUGCCUCCUGCUCGACCACCACUCCCACUCAAAAGACAUCCCAUGUUAUAGCUUAAUCAUAUUAACCAUAUUAGUUUUGUUAAAUGCUAGUGGAAAGCAUGCCAAAUGGUAGUGUGUGAUCCACAUGUCAACUUGUGGAUUUUCUUCAACUCAUGUAAUGUUUGCUUGAAGUAGUAUUAGUGAAUGGUGUGAGCCAGGAGAGCAGUGCAGAAGUCUGUCCUCUCCUACUAAGUAAUCCAGGUUCACAACAGUCUUCACAGCAACUGUGUCCUCUCUUCAAGCAAAGACUGGUGAACAAUGUUUUGGUCCAACAAUACAACUUGAAACUGGCCAGUAGGACUCCUAUAAGAGUUUUGCUAAGGAAAGUCAUUACAGAGCACAAGUACAAACCUGGCAAGCUUU